UUUCUACAGCUGAGGAGACAAAGCAGAUGAUCGAAGAGUCUGGGGUUUUCUUGUCUUGGAUUCUGUUGAACCCCGCAAUGUGAAGUGGGAGUUGCCAAGUGCCCAUUUUGCCCUUGAUUUAAAAGCACCCCUCUCUGCAAGCUUGGACGUUCCGCUGUUUUUUGUUUUAGACCCGUCGCGGAUCAUCGACGAGACAUGGCGGGCGAUAAGAGAGACCCCGACCAGCCCGAGCCCUCUCGAGUGUCGGGUACACCAGGCAGUGACUACGUCUCUGCGUCAUCUAUGCCUCCUAUGCGAUCAACGGCUUCGGUUCGGAGAGGCUACGGAACCCUGGAUGCGCAAUCCUUCGAUUCGGCGUCCGAGGUACGCAACGAGGAAACCACUCAGGAAGAUUAUUCGAGCCGCGCGUUUACCUCCUCAUCUAUGGUCCCCGAUCGGCCUCGAAAGCCCUCGGUCACCCGUCGCAUGUCUUCCAAACGACAAGUGCCCCACAAGGGCCAGGAAUUCUCGACUGACGAUGAUGUCAAGGAAGUCGAGGAGGACUUUGCUCUACAUAAGGUCUCGUCCAACCAGCAGCUGUCUCCGAGGAUUCGUCCCAUGCGGGCUCCGGGCUCCACGUUACGCCGUCAUGCCAGUGCUCGUGUCAGCCCAUUGGUUAGAGGUGAAUCCGACAACCUGAGUGUGGAUGACACUAUCUUGCCAAAACCGAACUUGGACUUGGAAGACGACGCCCCGUCGAUCAGACAGUCUGAUGGUGGUAGCGACAAUGAGAGUGAGGAUGAAUCGCCUGUGUCGGACGAGGAUGACGAGGUGACCAGUGAUGCCGAGAGCUUCACGCUGAAGGAUCGCCAGCAAGCGAUCAACGAGACCCAUCCUUUCGGUAUCAGGAUCUGGAAGCCUGCUCUGUACAAGAAGAGCCGCUCGGUGGAGAAGACUGCCGAGGGCGAUAUCCAUUCGUCUCCGGGAGGUCGUGUCAGUCCCAUGCUCUUUUUGACAAACCUCCUAUGGUCAGCGCUCUUUGGUUGGUGGUUAGCUCUAGCUGCUUUGCUGGCUGCGAUCGCAUGCUUUUUCUGUGCAUUCUCUUCCAGUGCCGUCGCUUAUGGAAGGGUCUUUGCUGGACUCUCACGCUACUUGCUCUACCCGUUCGGCUCCUUUGUACUUCUGAGAACUGAUGACAAUUAUGCCGAGGAAGACGAGGGAGAAGGCCGCAGCAUCAGCGAGUAUGAACAAUGGCAGAACGGUGACUUGGAACAUGGUCGACUCUUUUUCGGACCUCGCAGAGACCGAUCUCUUGUCGGACGGCGGCGCAACAGCAUUGAUUCUGCUGGUGAGCAGGACAGUCUCCUCGGCCGGACUCAGCGUGGAUCAGGCGAGGAUCUGCAGUUAAACCCUUCUAAACGUCGCCUCUUCGGUCGUGGUGAAUGGACCCUCGGGCGAGUUGUCUUCUUUGUGUUCUUCUACUUUUGGGUGGGACCUUUGAUGCUCAUGGUCUCACUGAUCUGUUGGCUGCUCGUCUUCUGGAUCCCAAUGGGCCGAGUAACUACCAUCUUGGUGAGCCAUCUGCGACGCCAUCCUCUAGCACUGUCCUUCCACUCCGACACUUCCUAUUCCCGCCUUGCCACGGGCUCUUCAUCGUCAUCUAUUCUUUUGUGCACUUAUCGCGCAGCCGGAACGAGAUACUGGAAAUACACCAUUGACGGCACGAACAUUUUCUUCAUCAACUUGCUAGCUCUCGUCGCCUUUGUCAUUUUCGACUACUUUGUGCUGGACACAUUUCUGGGUAUUGAGUCCUGGCUGACUCACCCCGGGUUGAUCUUUACUCUCUCCCUGUUUUCCAUCAUCCCUCUAGCCUACUUCAUCGGUCAGGCUGUGGCAUCCAUCUCUGCCCAGUCGUCAAUGGGCUUGGGUGCCGCGAUUAAUGCCUUUUUCUCGACUAUCGUAGAAGUGUAUCUCUAUUGCGUUGCCCUGACUGAAGGCAAGUCCCAGCUUGUGGAAGGAAGUAUCAUUGGCAGUAUCUUCGCAGGUAUCCUGUUCUUGCCCGGGUUGUCCAUGUGUUUCGGUGCAAUCAAGCGCAAGACGCAGCGAUUUAAUGUGAAGUCUGCCGGUGUGACCUCAACGAUGCUGUUGUUUGCCGUCAUCGCGGCCUUUGGUCCUACUCUUUUCUAUCAGGUCUAUGGCAGUCACGAGCUCAACUGCCAUGCAUGCGUUCGGGAGUACGACCCAGAGAGCCGAGACUGCCGUCGAUGCUACUUUUCCCAAAGCGCAGAUGUCCACGAUGCAUUCUUUGAGAAGGCAGUCCAGCCGUAUGCAUGGUUCUGCGCCGUUUUCCUAUUCCUGUCGUACAUCAUCGGUCUCUGGUUCACCCUGCGGACUCACGCCGCCUUGAUCUGGGCUACUGAGAACGAGGAGAAGGAGAAGAAGGCCGCCCAGCCCAUCUCUGAUUCAUUCACGUUUGAAUCACGUCACCUGCUCUUCCCCCCUGGUGCUCCCGAGGCAUCGGGUGCGAUUCCGGGCCACAAAGAUUCCAUUCGCGAGUCUCAACUCUACAAACGCAUUCUUGGGCAAUCACUGAGACAAGUUGGCCUCGAAGAUACCAGUGGCGCCAACUGGGAUCAAAUCGAAAGCAGCUCCCCAUUGGACAAAAAGGUAAACAUCCCUCAUCUGGUUCCUCCACGUUCUGGCGGGGAUGAUGUGCCAAAGGGUAUCCGCGGUCUUAGUGGAGAGGAAAAUGAGCGGCUCGUGCGUCAAGUCACGGAAGUGGCUGCCACCGCGGCUGCAGUCGCUGCUCGUGAUGCGGCUCGUAGUCGCAAGUACUCAAACCAGCAGGGCUCUUCCUCUACACGCCAAGCUGCCCGUCCCCCGGCAGAGCAGGCAAAGCCCCAUCCUCCUCCUGGUGAGGAGACCGAGGAUAUUGGUAUCGUUGCGGAGCCUGCGCACAACGGCGGUGGUCACGAUGCACCAAAUUGGAGCAAGGCGAAGAGUUCUAUCAUCUUGCUGGGUGCCACUGUUCUCUAUGCUAUUAUUGCAGAGAUCCUGGUCAAUACGGUGGAUGUGGUGUUGGAAAGUGUGGAUAUCGAUGAAAAGUUCCUUGGUAUUACGCUGUUUGCCUUGGUGCCGAACACAACUGAGUUCUUGAACGCCAUCUCGUUCGCCAUGAACGGCAAUAUCGCUUUGUCCAUGGAAAUUGGUUCGGCCUACGCGCUUCAAGUCUGCCUGUUGCAGGUGCCGGCCGUGGUCCUCUUCAGUGCCUUCUACACCCGAUCCAUCGACGCCGCCGAGCUGGCCAGCCACUCCUUCAAUCUAAUCUUCCCCCAGUGGGACAUGAUCACAGUCAUCCUCUGCGUCUUCCUCCUCUCCUACGUCUACGGCGAAGGCAAGAGUAACUACUUCAAAGGAUCCGUCCUCGUACUGACCUACCUGGUCGUCGUGAUCGGUUUUUACCUGUCGGGCUACAGCAACAUGGACACUCUAGGCGUGGACCGCUUCGACACACUCGCCCUGGGAGCAAGCAGAUCCGAAAAAUUCUACACUGUCGGCCGCUCACGCUCCGGUGCCGCAUAUUAAAUGUUUCUAUGUUCCAUAUCUUGGACAUAAUCCUAAUGGCUAUGGCAAUGUCUUCUUUUCUGAAGAAAAUGUCCUGCGCAGCACGGGCACAGCACAGCAACAGCAAUGCUGGGACUUUUUCUCGUGUUAUCAUAAUCUUCUUUGCAUAGCGGAUUUUUGAAGUUUGCAUUCAUAACCUUCUCCUCAAUGACUUCUUCUUUGCUUUUUUGACUUUCUUGCUUUUUUUGGCUUCGCUUUGCUUUGGCUUAUGCUUGUUAUUAUUGUAUCUACAAUUUUUGGCUUUUUGCUCCUUGCUGGACGGGAGAUAUGACUGGAACACUUUUUUUUGGCAUCGUUC